AUGGAGGUGUGGUCUCUUUGGUAUUUUGUCAUCCCUUUCCUUGUUGUAAGUGUGGCAACUUGGAUUUCUUGGUGGAGGAACCCUAGUUGUAAUGGCAGACUACCUCCAGGUUCCAUGGGACUUCCACUUAUAGGGGAGACCCUUAAUUUUCUUGUCACAUCCAAGUCCAUAGACAUCCAUCCUUUUAUUAAGGAAAGAAUGAAAAGAUACGGUCCAUUGUUCAAGACAAGUUUAGCAGGUCGACCAGUGGUGGUGUCGUCAGAUCCUGAUUUCAACUUUUUCGUUCUCCAACAAGAAGAAAAACUUGUGGAACUAUAUUACAUGGAUUCCUUUGCGAACCUGGUUCACAAAGAAAACAUAAAUGAAGGUGGUUACGUGCACAAGUAUCUCAGGCAUGCAAUUCUGAGUCACUUUGGCUUUGAGGCUCUCAAAGAAAAGCUACUGUGUCAGGCUGAGAAUGUCAUAAACCAUGGAUUUCAUGAGUGGACAAAGCAGACAGAGGUAGCUGUAAAAGGCCAAAGUGCUGCUAUGAUAUUUGGAUUUACUUCAAAGAUUUUGAUGAGUUAUGAAUCGGAAAAAUCUGAGGAAAAUUUAAGUGAAUAUUUAUGUAGCUUCUUGCAAGGACUUAUGACAUUCCCUUUGUACAUCCCUGGGACAGCUUUCUACAAAUGUAUAAAGAACAUGGGAAGCAUUUCAACGGCGAAGAACUUCAUACCAUUUGGAGGAGGGAAUAGGACAUGUGCAGGAGCAGAAUUCAGCAAGGUUCUGAUGGCAGUCCUUUUACAUGUUUGGGUUACCAAAUACAGGUUCACCAAGAUCAGGGGAGGAGACGUGGCCCGUACACCAGUUUUGGAAUUUACAAAUGGUUUCUUCAUCAAAGUUUCAGAAAAGCAUCCAUGA